UCUUGAGUCCAAAAUAAAGUCAUCAAAGUCGAGUGAUGCAAAAUACUCAACUGGACCCGCACACACGCUGACACACACCACCGCGAUCUCUCUCACACACACAUACACUCACUUUUAAGGGAGGGAAAGAGAGAGAGGAUGAAGUGAGAUCAACCACCACCAACACCAAUUUUAGGGAUCGAUGGCAGCUGCCAACUUUUCGCACCUCAAAGUCCAGUCCAGCCUCCCACUGCCGGUGCAUCGCCUCCAUAAUCACCAUCACCACUCACCGUCGCCCCAAUCCUUUCUAUUUCCGACGGCCACCCAUUUCUGUAAAACCCCUCUCUCGUCCACCUUAUUACCAAAACCUGCCUCUCUCUACUCCCCUCACCGCUCUUCGUUUAUCACCUUCUCCGGAGGUGGUGGAGGAGGCGACGGAUCUGGCGGCGGCGGCGGUGGAGAAAGUGGCGGCGAUGGGGAUGCAGGAGAGAGGAACAAGAAUGAGGCGAUCAUGGCCUUGGCCGAGGCCGGCAGAUCAUUGGAUAGCAUCCCCAAGGACUUGGCGGCUGCAAUUCAGGCAGGGAAGAUUCCCGGUUCGAUUGUACGGCGGUUUUUCGAGCUUGAGAAGUCGCCAUUGCUUGGGUGGCUGCUCCGGUUCGGAGGGUUUAAGGAGAGGUUGCUUGCUGAUGAUCUUUUCUUAACUAAAGUAGCUAUUGAGUGUGGUGUUGGUAUUUUUACCAAGACUGCUGCGGAGUAUGAGAGGCGAAGAGAAAACUUCACCAAGGAGCUCGAUUUUGUCUUUGCUGAUGUGGUAAUGGCCAUUAUUGCAGAUUUCAUGCUUGUCUGGUUACCUGCCCCAACUGUCUCUCUUCGGCCUCCUCUUGCAAUAACUGCUGGAGGUCUCAAUAAGUUCUUCUAUGGCUGCCCUGACAAUGCGUUUCAGGUGGCCUUGGCAGGUACAUCCUAUUCAUUCCUACAAAGGAUAGGAGCUAUUGUGAGGAAUGGAGCAAAGCUAUUUGUAGUUGGGACCAGUGCUUCUUUGGUGAGACAGCAUUUUGCCUAUCACAGGACUUCUUCAUUUGAUAAAUGGCACAUGAGAUCUUCUUGUGACAGCCUUUUGUUCUUCGAACGUAACUCACACAACAAUCUUGCAUUACCUCUGUUUUCGGUGCUGAUAUCGUUCACAGAAACCACAGCGUUUGUACAUUCUUUAAAGUCAUUAUGUGUUGUUGAGAUUUUCAUCCUUAUUGAAGUGGGUACAGGGGUAACAAAUGCUUUACUGAGCGCACGGAAGGCAAUCGAUAAAUCUUUUGCAGGUGAAGCAGAAGACGUACCCAUUAUACCCACAAGCGUUGCAUACGGUGUCUACAUGGCGGUAUCAAGCAAUCUAAGGUACCAAAUACUUGCUGGAGUUAUUGAACAGCGAAUUUUAGAGCCUUUGCUACACGAACAGAAACUCAUACUCAGUGCACUCUGCUUUGCCGUGCGUACGGGAAAUACCUUCUUGGGAUCACUACUGUGGGUGGAUUACGCCCGAUGGGUAGGAGUCCAGAAGAUCCGUGAUUAGAGCAGAUGGGAUGGAUGUGGUUUUAUAUUCGUUGGCUGCUAACUGUGCUUUGUCAUAUAGAUCUAUUGCUUGUUUAUAAUGUUUCCCGUUAUAUCUGCCUUAAAAACAUUGAUCAAGGGAUCAAGAACUACUUUGCUUGUUGAAUUUUUCCUUGCACAACUGUGAUGUACAAAAGUUGCAAUUACUAUUUGAUGUCUUUGGUUUUUAAAGUUUUCCUUGGAACUGUGUUGUACAAAAGUAGCAGUUUGUAAUUGGAAGUCAAUAAGUUUAAGUUGGUGCCAACAAUUCAGGUUUCUUUAGCACGGUGAUUCUGAAUGGUGCUUGUAACAACAAAUUUCAUGUAUUGAGUUUGUAAAUACAAAAAAUAUUUUAUAACUGAAUUUCAAUGAAUAUUGUGAGUUACAAUUUUUAUUUCCUUCUCUGAUUCUUCUCACAAAC